AUGCUUGACACAGGUGCAACACAAUCGUUUAUCACGAAAACAGCAUUAACAAAAACAAAACAUUUACCACUUAAUAAUAACCAACAACAUUAUUUAAUGGCAGAUGGUUAUACGACGUUCAAAGUAGUUGGCCUGGUAAAAAUCUUUAUUGACAUUAAUCAAAUAAAAACCAACAUUGUGGUAGGAGUUGUUGAUUCUCUUUGUACUGAUUGCAUUUUAGGAAUGAAUUUUAUAAAUAAAUAUAAAGUCAAUAUUAAUAACAAAAACAAACAGAUUGAAAUUUAUACAUCUAAUAAUAAAACAACGAUUUCAAUGGAUGAUAAAAUUAAGGAUAUUAUUACUCCAUGUCACCUAUUGAACAACACAUGUAUUUAUCCAUAUCAAGAAAAUACGAUCAAAAUUACUUUACGAUUAGCUACGGGAGAAUUAUUAUUUUCACCUGCUCAUCAGCUUAUUCAUAAAGAAAAUCUGAUUAUUCCACAUUCUUUCAUUUCGAUCGUGAAUCAUAUAGCUUGGAUUACAGUUUAUAAUCCAACAUCUAGAAUUCGUUAUUUAAAGAGCAAUACUAUUAUUGGGACUGCAUCAUUUAUUUCAUCUACAAAAUUAUAUUGCUACCAUUUUCGAUUCACCGCACAACAUAUUAAUACUUUACUUACACAUAUUGAAGAUCAACAACAACUAAAAGAACUGUUAAAUGUUUUAAAAAAACAUCAUUCAUUGUUUGAUACAUCAAAAACAACGAUUGCUCAAACAUCAAUGUCUCAUCUGAUUUGUACGGGUGAUAAUCCACCAACUACAUCUAAACCUUAUCCACAAACUAUAGAAAAGCAAAAUGCAACCUACGACACCAUUCAACAAAUGUUAAAAAAUAAACAAAUUCGAGCAUCACACUCUCAAUAUUCAGCACCAGUUUUGCUGAUUAAAAAACGAGAUGGCUCUUAUAGAUUUAUUGUUGAUUAUCGGAAAUUAAAUCAUAUAACUGUUCAAGAUAAUUAUCCAUUACCAAAUCUUGAACAAACAAUACAAAUUGUUGGUGGUUGUCAGCACUAUACGAAACUAGAUCUUCGUUCGGGCUACUUUCAAAUCCCGAUUCGGGAAGAUGACAAACAUAAAACGGCAUUUAUUACCGUUCAUGGACUUUAUGAAUUUAAUGUUUUAGCACAAGGGUUAAAAAAUAGCUCCCCAUCGUUCCAACGAAUUAUGUCUAAUUUAUUGUCACCAUGCAAAAAGUUUUGUUUGGUAUAUUUAGAUGAUAUAUUAAUAUUCUCAAAUUCAUUCACACAACAUGUUAUUCAUCUCAACCAAGUAUUAGCAAUCCUUAACAAACAUAAAUUUCAAUUAAAUCCACAAAAAUGUGAAUUAGCUCGAACAAUGAUUAACUAUUUAGGGCACACCAUUAGUGCUGAACGUAUUGAACCACUUCAAGAACGAAUUGAAAAAAUUCUGGCUAUCCCACAGCCUCGUUCAUUAAAUCAAGCUAAUGCUUUCAUAGGUGCUAUUGGGUGGUACCGUAAAUUCAUUAAUAAUUAUGCAAAAAUUGCUGCACCAAUAUUGGCUGUUACAAAUUUGACGAAGAAAAAUAAACAUAAGUUUCAAUGGGAUACACCACAAAAAGAAGCUUUUAAUGAAUUAAAAAUAAUGAUUACAUCUAAACCAUUAUUUUUAACUUAUCCUGAUCCACAUGCGCCUCUUAUAUUAUCAACGGAUGCAUCAGAUUAUUGUAUUGGUGGUGUUUUAUAUCAAGAAAUUAAUGGUGAACGUAAAAAUAUUUAUUUUCAUUCUCAAAUGUUACCAAAGUUACAACGAAAAUGGCCUACUAUUGAAAAAGAAGCAUUGGCUAUAUAUUAUUGUGUUAUACGUAUGAAAUUAUAUUUAUUAGGUCGUGAAUUUAUCAUUCAAACUGAUCAUUGUCCGUUACGUGACAUGCAUAAAAAACCAUCAAACAAUCGACGUGCAGAUCGUAUUUCCUUAAUUUUACAACAAUACAACAUAAAAGAAAUUCGUCAUGUCUCAGGUAAAUGUAAUUGUAUUGCUGAUUAUUUAUCUAGAUAUCCUCGUCAAGUGGAAGAUGACGAUGAAUUUUUCGAUCCUGAUUUUGGUUAUGUACCGGCUAUUCCUUCUGAAACAACUAAUAAAAAGGCAAGUAAUAAUGUAGUACAUAGUUCAUCUACUAUAGGUGCAGUUAUUACACGAGCUCAAGCUAAAGCAAAAGUUCUACCAAUAUCAUCAAAUCAUUCGAAUAUUACUACCAAUACAGCAUCAUUAUUAGAUGAUCAACCUCGUCAGGAGGAAGGUCAUGAAUUCGACGUUUUAGAUCGUCGAAAACCUGUUGGUUUACUACAUCCUCUAGAACCUCCAUUAGGUCCUUUUCAAUUAAUUGGAAUUGAUUUUUCAGGUCCUUUUCCAAUUACUCCACAAGGAAAUAAGUAUGUAUUAGCAAUCACGGAUUAUUUUACGAAAUGGGUCAUUGCAAUUCCGUUAGUCAAUCAAACUGCGCAAACCACAGCUGAAAUUUUAUAUGAAUAUUACAUAUGCAAUUAUGGUGUACCAAAUACAAUUAUAUCUGAUCAAGGUCCCCAUUUCAAUAACCAACUAAUAACAGCAUUUACGAAAAUUUUAGGUUGUCAUCAUAUAAAAUCGACGCCUUAUCAUCCACAAACAAAUGGGGCCAUUGAACGUUUUAACUCAACAUUUGAACGUCAAAUAGCGAAGUUGACUGAUCAAUGUAUUAAUGAUUGGGAUAUUCAUUUAAAGUCGAUUGUAUUCGCAUACAAUACAGGACAGCAUGCAACAACAAAAUUUUCUCCAUACGAACUACAGUUUGGUCGAAAACCAAAACUACCACCAGAAAAACCACCGUCAUAUUAUGAAUUUUCAAAGCCAAACGAUUAUUUUAAAUUUUUACAGCAAACGAUACAACGUUACCACAAUCAGGCUCGCAAUAAUAUGAAGAUCAAUCAAUCCAAUUAUAAAAAAAUCUACGACAAAAAUCGUCUCGAUAUUCAUUAUAAUCCUGGUGAUUUUGUAUUGAAACGUCUUUCUACAUUCCCAACAAAAUUAUCAGCCAGAUAUUCAAACCCAAUGAUUGUUCUUAAACAACAACAUCCGACAUAUUGGAUACAGGAUAGCGAUGAUAAAAAAAUAUUCCAAGUUCACGUCUCUCAAUUACGCACUUGUAAUAUUAGUCCAUCGAUAUAA